CAGAUAGCUCUAGUCCAAAUGAGGUUAUUUAUGGUAGACGUCCUUAGUUCACAUACACUUGUGUCUGGUGCGCAGACAUAUUAGGGGCAAGUAAAAGGGCGUUUGAAAGUCAUUGGUUGUACAGAGAGGAUGAUGGACGUUACUGCUGUGCUAAGUUGGCUUACUUUGAAGACUUUCUUGGUUGGCGUUAUGGUGUUCCUGUUGGUGAUGUCAUAUCUACAGAGGAGGAAGUACAAACUGCCGCCAGGACCCCCACAGCUGCCGAUACUGGGGAACUACUUAGCAUUUAGGAAAGACAAACGGAUGUUCACAGUAUUCACGAAGAUGGCAAAGACACACGGCGAUAUAUUUACAGUGAACUUAGGUUUUGGUCAAACUGUUAUCGUCCUCCAUUCAGCCGAUAUUGUGCACGAGGCCCUGGUUGAGAAAAAAGAGGUAUUUGCCGGAAGGGAUAAUUUAUUUUGGUCGUUUGAACUGCUGUCAGGCGGAUAUAAAGAUAUCGUAUUCGCUAAUUAUGGACCCCUAUGGACCAUGCAGAGGAGGAUGGCUAUGAAAGCGUUCAGGACUUACAUAGCUAGUGACAAGCUAGAGCAACUUGCAAAGUCUUCUUUUGGGGAGGUUGCCAAGAUGCUGGAAAAACAAACGGAACCUGUGGAUUUGUCCGAAUAUAUUCGCCUGACGGUUUAUAAUGUCAUUUGCAGGAUGACCUUUGGGAAAAGCUACAAAGUCAAUGACCCAGAGUUUGUUUGGCUAAAAAACAAAAUGGACGAAAUGAUGGGAUUAUUCACAGACUUCAUACCAGCCGAUCUUCUUCCAUUUUUGAAACAUGUGCCUAUCAAGUCAACACAGGUUGCAAAAAGAACAAUGCAAGAUCUGAUCGAUUUCCAAACAGUUCAGGUCAAUGAGCACAAGGCAACCUUGACACCAGGAAAGGCAAGAGACAUUACCGACCAACUGCUGUUGGUACGCCAAGAGCUGGACGCAGGGAGCGACGGGUCCCUGAUGGAGACAUUAACAGACAAGCAUAUCAUUCAGACCAUAAUGGACGUGUUUUUUGCUGGUGUCUUGACGUCAACAGAAACACUGAAGUGGACCAUGUUGUAUAUUGCGGACAACCCGGAGAUACAGGAGGAGAUGCACCAGGAAAUUAGUGGAGUUUUGGCGGACGAUCUAGACGACCUGCGUCACAGUAAAUCCAAGCUGCCAUAUUGCGAGGCGGUUCUCCGCGAAGUUAUGCGCAUGCGUCCGGCUGCCCCGGUGGCUCUCGGGCACCAGGCGAUUCGAGAUACAAAAAUUGGCGAUUAUGACCUGCCAAAGGGGACUGUGGUAUUUCCAAACUUAUGGGGGAUACACCAUGAUCCCAGAAAUUGGGAGUCGCCAGAAGUUUUCAAACCAGAGCGAUUUCUGGACAAAGAUGGCAACUUGAAACCGACUGAUACCAAGAUAUGGGUGCCGUUCUCCUCUGGGAAGAGGAAAUGUGCCGGCGAAGGUCUGGCCAAAGCUGACAUUAUGAUGAUUAUGGCCAUGUUUUUCCAGCGGUUCAAAGUGAGUUUUCCUCCAGGACAGAAACCAGAUUUCGAACCUGCCAUGUAUCCAUUUGACUGCAUCCCAAAACCGCAGAAGUUGAUCAUAGAAAAAAGGGAAACAGUUUGUUAGCAUGCCAACGAAAUAGAACCAGGAUGUAACGUCCAUAUUUUGACCUGCUUUGGUGAUAGCUUUAUUAUUCCAAACCAAAACUCUGACGACAAACAAUGAUAUGAAUAUAAAAUAAGAGUAUAAGCACGUGUUAAUGUUGUAUAUACAUAUGAUUAAACGAGGAAAGCUGAUUCAUUCUAUUAUGAUGCAAAUAUAUUUUGCCAAUUUCUUAUUUUGUAGGUUGAUUAAUUUGUCAAACGUAUAAAUACAUGUAUAUACAGGUAUACAAUAGGAUAAGUAGUGCCGUCUCUUGGUGUUAAAGAAUUCCUAUGGUUAACAAUUGUUCCAUCUUGGCGUUCAAACAAAUCACAAAAGUCACCUCCCAUUAAAAAGAUGGCAUAUUCUUUCAUCCGAGGUAUAUUAUGCCAUCCGCCCUUUUCAGUUGGUAAAUUAGCAUUACAAGUUCUUAAAGGGAUAAUAACUCUCCUUAUUAGAUGUAUAUUUCACAAUAAAACAUUGUAAACAGCUCA